AUGAUUUCUGGUAGAGGUGGAGGCGGUACGGCCAUGCGGGCCGGGCGCAUUCGGCCCCCGCGUCGCCCUGGACGACUUACAUCCGGUAUCGAUACGAGCGAUUUCGAGCAGUGCUGGGAGACACUGAAGCAAGCCCUGACCGAUAUCCACAACCAAAACUGCAGCACGCUCUCAUUCGAACAGCUUUACCGAGCUUCCUAUAAGAUAGUGUUGAAAAAGAAGGGCGAGAUGCUCUACGAUCGUGUCAAGCAGUUCGAAGAGCAGUACUUCUCCGAGCACGUCAUCCCUGACAUCGAAAAGCUGGUUACGGCCAACCUCAUCAGCGCCGCAAUGGGUGGUGCGGCUACCUCGGUCAACGAACGACGCAAGAUGGGCGAGCACUUUCUUGGCGGUGUCAGAAAUUCAUGGGAUCAUCACAACACGUCAAUGAAUAUGACAGCCGAUAUCUUGAUGUACCUCGACCGAGGCUACACCCAGGAUGCUCGUCGGCCGUCCAUCUACACCGCCACAAUUGGUCUAUUCCGCGAUCAUAUUCUGAGGGCGUCACUCAACUCAGGGGGGCAAUAUACUGUUUUUGACAUACUCAACUCGGUCAUCCUCGACCACGUCAACAUGGAGCGCGAUGGUGAUACUAUUGAUCGUCACUUGCUGCGGAAUAUCAUGCGGAUGUUGGAUUCUCUGUACGAGACAGAUGAGGAACAAGAGGCAGAGAAGCUGUACUUGACAGUAUUCGAGCCCGCUUACCUGGAAUCUGAACGAGUGUACUACAAGCGCGAGUGUGAACGUUUGCUCCGGGAUGCUGACGCUAGCGUUUGGCUGCGGCACACUCAACGCCGACUUCAAGAGGAAUUCGACCGAUGCGACACUACUAUCCAUUAUGAGACGAGAGAGAGGUCCAUCAAAGUCGUUGAGGAGGAGCUGAUAUCGGCACACCUAGACGACUUUCUCAACCUUGAGGGAAGCGGGCUCAAGUCAAUGGUCAACUACGAUCGUGAGGAGGAGCUAUCCAUUCUCUACCAGCUGGUAUCACGAGUUGAUCCUAAAAAGGCGUCUUUAAAGAAGAUUUUGUCCGCUCGGGUGGUCGAGCUCGGUCUCGAGAUUGAGCAGAUGCUCAAGGAAACGAACUUUUCUGCAGCGUCUGCGCCGGCGGACGGGGAAGAUAAUGACGGCGGGGAGAAGGCCAAGACGCUGAGCUCAUCGGCUCAGCAGACGGCUGCGGCGAUCAAGUGGGUUGACGACGUGCUCAAGCUCAAGGACAAAUUCGACAACUUGUGGACAAAGUGCUUCCGAGAGGAUUUAAUCAUCCAAACCUCGCUUACAAAGAGCUUUUCCGAUUUCAUCAACAUGUUUACCAAGAGCUCCGAGUACGUAUCGCUCUUCAUUGACGACAAUCUUCGACGCGGAAUUCGUGGUAAGACUGAGACGGAAACCGAGGCGGUGCUGGAGAAGGCCAUUACCGUGAUCCGGUACCUGUCAGACAAGGAUCUGUUUGAGCGUUACUACCAGAAGCACCUGGCUAAGCGUCUACUCAACAACAAGUCGGAAAGUCAUGAUGUUGAAAAGUCGAUGAUCUCUCGAAUGAAACAGGAGCUGGGCAACCAGUUUACGGCCAAGUUCGAGGGCAUGUUCAGAGAUAUGGAGUCGUCUGCCGAGCUGACUUCAGGCUACCGGGACCAUAUCAGGGGACUGGGCGACGUGUCACGGAAGCAGAUUGAGCUGGGUGUCAACAUCUUGACUACCAACUCGUGGCCCCCAGAAAUCAUGGGUCGCACGUCACAAUUUUCUGAAGGCGGUGGCUGCAUCUUCCCUGAGGAGAUUAAGCGACUUCAGGAAAGCUUACUCAAAUACUACCUCACCAACCGUAGCGGCCGCAAGCUGACUUGGCUUGGGUCGACGGGUAGCGCCGAUAUUCGCUGUACCUUCCCCGCCGUUCCAGGCGGCAAGGGACCCCUAGCCCGCGAGCGCAAGUACGAGAUUAACGUGCCGACGUACGGCAUGGUUGUGCUUUUACUUUUCAACGAACUCGAGGAGGGCGAGGAGCUUUCGCUUGAGGAAAUCCAAGCCAAGACCAACAUCCCAAUGCAGGAUCUUGCGAGAACUCUGACUUCUUUGUCUAUAGUCCCUAAGGCCAGAGUACUCGCCAAGGAACCCGCUUCCAAGGGCAUCAAACCCGGCGACAAGUUCAAGUUCAACGCCUCUUUUGUUAGCAAGACGGUCCGCAUCAAGGCGCCCAUUAUCAAUGCUACAAGCAAGGUCGAGGGCGACGACGAACGGAAGGCAACUGAAGAGAAGAACAACCAGACUCGAGCCCACGUCAUUGAUGCCGCGCUCGUCCGCAUCAUGAAGCAACGCAAGGAGCUUGGCCACUCGCAGCUCAUCACAGAGGUCAUUGACCAGCUGAGCAGUCGCUUUAAACCCGAGAUCAGCCUCAUCAAGAAGCGCAUCGAGGAUUUAAUUGUGCGCGAGUACCUUGAGCGUGUAGAGGAUGCGUCAACGCCGACGUAUCGCUACCUCGCUUAA